ACACAGUUGGCGAUGAGCGAUACAGCAAUGGAGGGGAUUCGGACUCAUUUUGUUCGCCUCUUCCUGAGGCGCGCAGCUACGACGUGAGAAUUAGCAGGUGUUUGCACUCGCCGUCGAAACAGCUCAAACGUCCUUUCGUGUUCACUAGCGAAAGGCGGAAGCGCGGCGCAAAGGGAGCGACGGGAGCUCCAUACAGUCCGCCUAGUCAGCAAUGACAUCGAUGCAGCGGUGUCAAUUGUCAGAUCUGCUCCUGUUGGCCAAGCUUCAAGCCAGGGAAACAUGACAAGUGUAACCACUGCUGGUCUGUUUGGGGCUGUGCAGUCUCUGAGCGAGACUGUCUUCAUGGCUUCAAUCAGCCAAUGGCUCUCAUGGGGUGCAUCGGUGGCCAUGAUCUUUGGUGGAGUUGUUCCUUACAUUCCACAAUACCGAGAGAUCAAGAAGACUAGAAAUACAGAUGGCUUUUCAACCUGGGUCUGUCUGGCAUUGUUGGUGGCCAACACUUUAAGGAUACUCUUUUGGUUUGGACGUCCUUUUGAGCUCCCGUUGUUGGUCCAGAGUAUUGUUAUGUCAGCCAGCAUGUUCCUCAUGCUCCGGCUCUGUGUGAAGACACGCAGCGUUAGCACCAUCGUGCCUCAACCGAGGCAUACCUUUGCAGAAAACGCAAGUGAAAACCCUGCCUACCUCCAGAUGGUGGAUGUGGCCAAUCGAGACCUCACCCUCUGGGAUUCUCCAUGGCGUCACUUUUGGGCCUGGACAGACUUCCUGAGCUAUGUCGAAUUCAUGGCCACCUUUGCACUCUGCUCAGGAGCCCUCUUGUACCUGCUGCUUGAUGUAGAGCUCGUGGUUGAGGCUAUAGGCUUUGUAGCUUUACUCACUGAAGCUCUGCUAGGGCUGCCUCAAUUCUGGCGUAAUUUGCGGAACCAGUCUACUCAUGGCAUGAGCAACCAGAUGGUGCUCAUGUGGACUAUGGGUGAUGUUUUUAAGACAGUCUACUUCAUAAUGCGGUCAGCGCCAUUCCAGUUCUGGGUUUGUGGCAGCCUUCAGGUAUCCCUCGAUGUUGCCAUCCUGAUACAGGUGGCAUGGUAUAAAUACAAACCAGCAUCUUCGAAGGUUCCCAAGCACAGCAGUCAUAUCAGCUGACGGUGUGUGAUUAGGGAUGGUGUUCAUGUGUUUGUGACCAUGGCUUUUACUGCAGUGGGCUUUUUGCCACUUAACUGCAUUUGUCUGCACUUUGCUUGAUAUGGAGUUAUGCCAUGAAAUAAUGUAAGUCUCACUUCUCUUAGCGUCCCUGAUGCCAAAAAUUGUGUGGUGUGAGCAUCAAAAUGCUUUUGUUAUCUUUUGACAAGCAGCAUACUGUGUCUUUUAUGAUGUAUUUAUAUGUUAUAAUUUCCCCCAGAUAUUAUUGUCAAAUGCAAGCUGUAUAAAGAAAGAAGCGUGAAAAGCUGGGCCAGUUGGUUCAUGUUUAAAUGCAAGAAAAACCAGCAAAAACCCAAAACAAGGACGAAGAAGGCACAUGGUGUGUGAGUACGUAUGCCUUCUUCUUCGUCCUUGUUUUGGGUUUUCGUUGGUUUUUCAUCUAUAAGGAAAGAAGUGGCAAGCUGGCUGUACGUUCAUGUGGCAGCAAGCUGCUGUCGCAUUAUUCAUAUGGUUACUUUACUCGGUUAUUUAUGGUUUUUUUGUUGCUUCAGUGUUGUCUUUCAUAUAGCCUUCUAUGAAGUAGUGCAAAUCCAUCCCAUGUUUUUGGUAAGUUGUGAGGUUGGACAGUUGAUCUCAAAAAGUGGAUGAAAAUGCCAUGCAGAAAGAGGGGCCUGUAUUCUAAUUGAGCGCUUCUUGCAGAAACCUCACAAGGGAGCCUCCAUAAGCACGCAGGGUCACCUUAUGCUCAUCCAGCUGUUUGGCUCCACCGAAAUGUGGAUGCCUCGCAUUGUUUACUGAAAAGGUGGCCUUAAGAGACUUGAUGCCUCGCACUUUCAUGCUCCUUGUGAAGCUCAACGUAAGUGUCGCUGGGGCUCGGUUGUAGGAUUCCUGUAGUUGUCUGUUGGUUAGAAAAUCUGCUGUUGCACUUAAGGUAUGUUUCUGUAGACAUCCUUUCGUACGGCAACUUCAAUCUGAUAUCAUUAACAUAUUUUAUAGAUUUGCUUGUUCUCUCAAAGGUAAAGUUUGAUGAGCCUGGCAGCCACGCUGAAAGCUGUAUGACUUGUUGGUUUGCAAAGUAUAGGCAUAUAAGAAAAACAUUUUGUUAUAUGCUUUUCUAUAUAUAUAUAUAUAUAUAUCAUGCUGCUUCUAUAUACAGGUAGUGAGUUGUGUUAGGGGAUGCCUGUGUUACCUUCUUUCUUAUUCUACAUCCUUGUGAUGCCGCCCUACAUAGCUACCAGUGAACCAGUCUUUUAGCACAAGAUUUAUAUGAAGGGACUGUUCGCUCUCAUAAUUUACACACAGCCUUAUAUGGUGCUAGCAUGAGACCUUUAGCCUGGAUCGUACUGUGCCUAAUGUUGUUUUGCAUAUCAUGCAGCCUAGUUAAAGCCCAUGUUCUGCAACAUACACUGAAUUAUUCUUUUAAGAAUGAAAUGUUUGAUGAGUGAUAAGUUGCUUAAUUACCGAUUGCACAUUGAGUAUGGAAUAAAAUUUCAUACUAAAUAUAGGAAAUACGCUGACAGACUUUAUACAGCAGGUAAGCAGUUAUGCCAACAGAAACAGAAGUUUGUUUUGAAAAUACUUCGGCAGGUGUGGAGGGGAAUUCUCAUGUGUGAUACCAUGCCAUGCUCUCCUAUCUCAUUAAAUUGACGUAGGACAUUUUAUACCCACGUUUAUUAAAGGGGCCCGGCAACAGUUUUUCAACAUCGUCGGAAAACACUGCCGAUCGGUAGUCAAGGCUCUUGCAAACAUGCGAGUCAAACAUUAUGCAGCACGCGGCAUGGAAUUUACAAUUAAGUUUCAUAGUCAGCUAGAAAUCGCUCUCUCUUCGCCCGACGAAUAAUGCUGUUAAGCUCAAUUUGGCUUAAGACAUCAACUUGGCUUACGGCCAUUGGCUGAAUUGAUCAUCGUGAGCUGCAUAAUUACUGUGGCUGCUGCGGGGUGCCACAACGUGCCCGUGCCGAACUCUAUAGUGCUGCAAUUACGCACAAUAUAGAAAUACACCAGGGCUUUUGUGAUCAUGCUGAAAGGGAGCGGCAUGUUUGACGAAAAAAAAAGGAAAGAAAGAGCUCAAGGUCAUGAUACGCUGAUGUACGGACCUAGCUUGUUGCCCUGUGGUGGCUUUCAGUGCACUUGCCGAGAUGACAGAAGAGAGAAAGUGCUGAAAGCAUGCGGCCACUCACUAUGGCUUCGCUUGUACUUGACAGAUUUUAAACAUUUUUGCACCAGUCACUUCGUGAGGCUGUAAACUCAGAUAGUGAGGUCGUUCGAUAAUUACUUCGAAAAGUGUUGCAGGGUCCCUUUAAGGUGUCUCAUCCUGGCGGACAUUAUUGUAAUUGUGCCAGGACAACAGUUGAGUUCACUGAGUAUUCUGUUUCCCACCUGUUUGAUGGGUAGGAUAGUGCCGCUACAAGACCUUUCAAAUUUACUGGUCUUCUUGGAAGUUCAGUGCCAGUUAAUAUGUAGAAAUUAAAUAAAAGCUCCCAGAGGUCUUUGUCUUUAGAGAAUUGGCCUUAACAGAUUUAAUUUUACAGGCUACUGUACUUUUAGGCUUCUGGUCACAAACAGGUGGAAUUUUAUGCUGAAGUAUUAAAGCUUAAAUUUAGUGCAAGAAAAGGCAUGUGCAGAAAGGAUAUAAAUUGAGGCAGAAGUUAGCUCCUGUCCUGUCUUUUUCAUCCACAUUCUUAUUUUAGUUUUUGUUUUUAGCUGUUUUUAAGCUUAAAUUUUGAAACAAGUGGCCUAGGAGCAUAUAUUAUAUGGCAAAGUAUCUAGAGUGUCUUCUUUUACUUUAGUUUCUUAGGAGGUUGUGGAUACCUUUGGUGUUCAAACUGGAGUGUGUUUGUGUUCUAGAGAUGCACUGUGAAACUGCUCAGCCUUUGCCAAAAGGAAGUGGUGUCACAGCUUCAAUGCAUCACUGUGAGCAUUUUGUCAUUGUGGUGGUAGCAAAAUUAAAUUAGAGUACCACAGUAGCUCCUAUCAUUGCAAGGCCUCUUGCAUUAGUUUUUGAGUGCGUGUUUGUGCUUCAUUCUGGACAAGACCAUGCAAGCUUCUUUGUUGUAUAUGUCAAUGUAAUGACUUGACUAUACUUUAUUUCAUACAUAGCAGGCACUGCAGAAGCUGCACAAGUAGUGUGGUUAGAGACGACUCCCUCUAUCUGUAUUGCAGCAUACUUUUUUUUUUGAUCUGCAAUUCUUUGUACGAAAUUUCUGCUUCAUAUAGGAGUACAGCUUACUGUUACUUCAAACCACACGUUAUUUGCACUCCUUUAGAUUUAAUUAAUUUGCAAGUUUUUAGGUGCCAAACCACAAUAUAAAUAUGAGGCAUGCCAUAGUGGGGGACUCCGCAUUAAUUUUGACCACCUGGGGUCCAUUAGUAUGCACCUAAAUCUAAGUACAUUGGUGUCAUUGCAUUUUGCCCCCAUAGAAAUGUGGUCACCAUGGCCAUGAACUGAAACCUUGACUUCAAGCUUAGCAGCGUUACACCUUAGCUGGCUAAACUACUACGACGGGUAAUUUGGAUUUCUAUUGUGUGAUGUAUUACAUUUUAAUUGCAAGCGCAAGCGGUUACUUUGGUCACUGAAGGCUGAAACGUGUUACUCUACUCAUACAUACUGUACUAACAGCGCAAGCUGAUGAAGUACAUAGAAAGAAUAAACGAAUGUCCCGCCACGUUGUCUAAUGGUUAUGGCGCUCAACUUCUGACCCGAAGGUCGCGGGAUCGAAUCCCGGCCGCAGCGGCUGCAUUUUCGAUGGAGGCAAAAAUGUUUGAGGCCCGUGUACCUAGAUCUAGGUGCUCGUUGAAGAACCCCAGGUGGUCAAAAUUUCCGGAGCCCUCCACUACGGCAUCCCUCAUAAUCAUAUCGUGGUUUUGGGACGUUAAACCCCAGAUAUUGUUAUUAUUAUUAUUAUUAGAAUAAACGAAUGCAGGGGAAUGGAUUGAGGGGCCAGUUUUCUUAUUAGACACAACCUAAUAAAGCAAAUAGAUAAUGAAGCCAAGGAAAGCAUAGGUGGCAUUACUUGUAGUCAUCAAUUGAUGUUUAGUAAUUUUGACGAAAAGGGAAAUGAACAAAGUGGAUGAAAAAACUAUUUGCUGCUGGUGGGGAGCGAACCCACAAUUUUCACAGAAAUAAAGACACAAGUGCUGACUAACGAAUGAAUGUUCAUUGUUAUAAACCACAAAUAUAUAGGAGGUGAAGAACCAUGCGUAAACCUACAAAACAAAGCACCUAAUUCCUCGAAGCUGUUCACGCUGCUAGUAUAACAUGCAUCUGUAUUGACUUGCCCAAUUAGCUACAGUUCUACUCUGCUCAUUCAUUGACAUAUCUGCAAUGCCUUCCAUAUAGUGCGUAAUUAUACCAUAUUUUGCUAUACUUACUACUACAUCAAGGUACAGGAUGUGUAGAUACAUCUUCCUUCAUAUAUUUUAAUGCAAUAUUCUUUAGUUGCCACUGUGAGCAGUAAGUGAAGUGUCUGUAGCCUUUACAGUGUUGCCUGCCAUGUACUAAAUGGAGUAUGUAUAGUUAUUUGUAAUCUGUUAUUUUGUAAGAACUGCAGGGUGUUGUGGUGGUGCAAACAUGGCGUUGUUGUUUUACAGCCAUGUUGUGGUUGUAGUCUAAAAAUAUUGAUGUUGUUGAUUACAAAUGCACUAUAAUGCUAUAUUCCUGGUUGUGUAUCCUUCUGUAAAUGGCACAAUCCAGUGUGUAAACAAUGUUAGUUGUUAGCACUGUGUAGCUUCUAUUGGUGUUUAUUUCCUGAAAAGUUUUGCAAAUGUCACAUCUUGCUGUUUGAGAUAUGCAACAUAAUAUAAGAUGUUAUUACAUGUUGUAUUUUUCUCAUUUUCUGACAUGUUAAUAGGAGUGAGCUACAUGUACCUAGAGGUGCCAGCUACUUUUUGAGGGCUAGGUUUAUGUGGCUUUAGCUGUAUGUCUGUUAUAUUCAUUCAUGCUGUUCACUAUAGUGCCUAUAUAUUUAAUGCUACACAGUAAGUUGUAAGACAUGUACAAAAUGUCCAGUGUAUUUCUACAGUUGAAUUCAGAAACUGGUUGUGAUCUAUAAUUUACUUCCUAACACUCUUGGAAACAUUUAUAUGGAGUGUAGGGGGUGCUUACCAAAGAAAAUAUAUUCACUUGACUGCUUGGAGGCAACUGUCGAUGCUGAAUAGUAGAUGUUAUGGUGCCAUGCUUAUCAAGCUUACAGCCUAUCAGUCUGAUUGCAGACUGACAGCAUUGCUGUUUGUUCUGAUACCUUGAAUCAAUCAUUCUGGUUGGAGCAUGUAACUAUCAUGCUAAUUUUCUUGCUGGCAAAAAAUGGAGAGUGCUAUUGGCCGGGUAGCACUUCUCACAGUCGUUAUUCUUGCCAUUUGAAUGCUGCAACUACAAUGCAAUAUGAUACGCAAGGACGCUGCAGCUGAAAACUGCCCCACUCAAACCUGUCCACAAGGGCAGGCCGCAAGCCAUGUUUUCAUGACAUUGGCCCAAAUGUUGUUUACUAAGUCAUGCAAUAUUCUGUGCCAUGGGUACCACCAGCUAUGGCUGCUACUGUCUGUAAUGGUGAUGACUGUGGCAUUUUGAGGGUACUUAGUUUCUACUGUACAUCAAGAAAAAAAUGACAUUUUUAAUUUGUAUGGUUUAGCAAAUUCUAUUGUGCUCCGGAAUUUUGUAAAUGACUUACUGUUGAUGUGAGAAAAUUGCAUGUAACACUGAACACGGGUUUAAUGUGAAAAUAAAACAGAGCCCAACAGA